AUGGCCGAUCAGGUACAAGCAGAGACAGACGCAGAAGGCGAUGAAGCCAGUGACCGCGUUGAUAUCCCUGAUGAGGAAACGGAGAAGGUGACUUGCGCUCUCACAUACUUGCGCAAAGGUGUUGAGUUGCAAGGGGCCGGCGAUAAAACAGAUGAGGAGAAGGGGAUGACGACGACAACCAA